CUAGUUGGUCAGUAAGCUGAAGAUUUCCACCUUGACAUGGAAGCUUUCCCAUUUUCUCCGGUGAAAACUAAUUUUCGUUAGAAGAACGGUGACUUCUUUGCUUUAUUGUGGUUACUAUGCGAUAGAGUUCGAUUAUACAUUUUCCGGAAACUUGCGGUCGAUAGUGAGAUUUUCGCGGGCAAUAUCUAGAGAUAGUGAAUUAUUCCUCGGUGUUUUCUGGAUAAUGAUAGUGGACAAGUGCGUCCAAGGUCGGCGAACCUUGUCAUCUGAGUGAAACCCAUAAAAUUGUGUCUACACAACAAACAAAAGCAACUGAUAACGCAGCAGCAUACGUAAUGUUAUUUGAAACGGUGCCCACGGGAUCUGGGGGCCGGUGGGCUUUAGGUACCGUCAUCCUUGUGUACUUGAUUGCGUGUAAUGAAACCAACGGGCCCACAGCUGUUUUUGCAACAAUUUUUGCUGCCUUCUAUGGAUUGCUUGCUGCAACAUGUAAAACCAGCAUUAAAAACCUUCAGAUACCAUAUAUUCGCGCAAGUAACAAAUUCGAUUUUAUGUGCCUAUUCCUUGCCAUGUGGCUGGAUGCUCUGGCGAUACUGGCAGCUUGUGGAGCAAUUGCAAGGACACUCAGCACCUGUUUGGAUGCAAUGACUGGUGGUUUAGCUAGGAUUUUAAUAUUAGGUAGGAAUUCCCCAACAAAUGAACCGUGGCCCGAUGUCCUGGGAGUAGCCGUAGUUUUCCUAGUAACUGGCAUGUUUAUGCUAGGGCUUGAGAACACAAAAGUCUUCAGUUUCCUCAUGACACUCGGAAUGUUUGGCAUAAGUGGAAUCCUCACAACGAUGUCGUUGCUUCGGGGCACCGCUGACGAAUGGAGCAAGGAUUUUCUCGUUCCUAGUGGGUUUUGGAGUUUGCUGACGGCAUCCUCACUGAGUGUGUUCUCAUACCCAAGCGAAAUGCCAAACUUUCAAGACUGGAAGCAGUUGAUAGGAUUCUUUCUCGUCGCCGCCGUGGGGAUCUCACAUGCACUGUCAGCAGGAUGCCUGUCAAUGAUUGUCCAUUAUAAGCCUGACCUAGAAUACGUAGCCGUUCCAGUUUUUCAACUCCUCGAAGCAAACAAUCUUAACAAAUUAGUGCCAGCCACAGCGUGCCUUCUAGUGCUUUCAUGUUCGGGUGCAUUUUUGGAGCUAUUCCCUGAACUGUGCAAUAUAAUAGUUCGUCUCGCGACAGCUGAAUGGAAAAUCCUUUCACGGCAAAUUAGUUAUGAGAGUCCUGAUAGCGGUAGUCCUAUGUUGGCUAUUUUCAUUGCAGGAAGUCUAUGUGCAAUGUUAGCAUUCGCUUGUCCUCUGCAGAACUUGACUCAUAUUUUGGCUGCUAGCCAUCUUUGUGCGGGACUUAUUAGAGCAUUCUAUUUGCUCUAUUCUCCAUUUCGACCGAAAUUUCUUCAGCAAACAGGUGAAACAAGUCUUUCCUACAGCCGCCUGUCAACAGUUCCAACGAAUCAUCCAACAGGCCGUCGAAGAAGUCUAUGGAACUUCCAAAAACCCAUCCAGACUGCGAUAAAGAAGUCAAAAUCAAAGACGAAGAAUAAAAACAAUAGCGAACUAGAACGGGAAUGGCUCCUUCUCGGGGAGCCGUCUUCGCCCCGCCCAACAAUUUCACAAAGAGAUGCCGAAUCGACAAUUCUAUCUGACGGCGAGCCUCAGGUCUCAGAUAUGGAGUACAUCGCAAAAACUGAAAAUUCAGAUUCGGACACUUCAACGGAUAUUGACGCCAUUGUUGAUGAAUAUCGACAGAAAGUUAAGGUUACAACCGCGGGCCCUAUGGAAAAAACUCAUCGUGUCCCAUCUCUAACAUCCUGGAAAAUAACGAUUUUAUCAAUCGCCACAAUAGCACUCACUAUCCUAGUAGCCAUCACAGGUAUUACAAUGAGCAUUCCAGUUUUGUCAAUCUCUGGGAUUGUCGCUUCAUUCAUCGUAAGCUUGCUGAUGUCGUUCCUACCAAAAACAGCUGGUAACGCAACCAAUGUCCAUCCAAUAAUCUCCACAGCGCUAUUUUGCCUAGGAUCACUCCUUCUUUCAGCUUGCUUGGCAUACUCAUGGCCUGCUAUCGUCUUUUGGAUACUUGCGGGUUUAGUGCUUUUUGCCCGAUGUGAUACAUGGUGCUGCCUCUGUUUAGAUCGUCCUUCUUCACAACAAAUCAUCCCCAGUGUGUCGGGAAAGACUGCAACUAUACGCAUUCCACGACCACCACGAGGUCUUCUUGUCCCAGGCAGAGUUCAGGGGCAAAGAUGACAAUUAGACUCCUCAGAAAGUGAACCAUUCAAUGAGGAUACCACGGAAGAAUGGACCGACUAAGAGAUGUAGACACAAACUAAUUCGAAUACGUCAUUUCGGAAGAAACUACCCGGUUGCCCCGUAAGUAAAACUAUGAGAACAGUAGAACUAUAAUAUUAAAAGUCACCUGUAUCAUAAGCAAAAAGAAUCAAGUCAAACGAUUUUGAUACAUGUUGCAUUGGUUAUUUAUUUUAUAGAUAGCUGACCCCUUAAAAAUGAGAGACAUUUUGUUAAAUUUGGUAGAUUUUGCAACAAAUAAAGAUUAGAUAUAUUAACAAAUUGAACGCAGUCCGUACACUUAUGUAUUCAAAAUUUGUCGGCCUCAACAGUCAAUUGUAUAAAAUUUGGAAUUAUAUGUAUUUGUCCCAUUUGCCUAAAAUAAGAAUAUGAAAAAUAUCUGCAUGUAUUUUUAAAAAAGCAAUUCCGAAAAGCAUAUAUAUUUCAAGUUUGACUAUAUAAAUGUUGUAUUGACUUUUUAAUAAAAUGUUAUUCAAAAAUGGCCUUUUGGCAAA